AUGGUGAAUGUGGUGUUUCUGCACCCCGAUUUAGGGAUUGGCGGCGCAGAGCGGCUUGUGGUGGAUGCCGCUCUGGCUCUACGGUCCAAGGGCUUAAAGAAGAACCUGGCCCUGGCCCUGGAAGCCUUGAAGAACCUUCAGGGCAGGCUCUCUGGAAAUGAGUGGAAGAAGGUUCAUCUUGUGAUGGCUGGUGGCUAUGACGAGAGAGUGCCAGAGAACGUGGAUCACUACAUGGAGCUCAAGGAUUUAUCCACUAAGCUUGGCUUAUCAGACAGUGUAACCUUCCUGCGCUCCUUUUCUGAUGAGCAGAAGAUCUCCCUCCUCCAUCACUGCACCUGCGUCCUGUACACGCCCAGCAACGAGCACUUUGGCAUUGUCCCUGUGGAGGCCAUGUACAUGCGCUGUCCGGUCAUCGCUGUCAACUCAGGUGGCCCGCUGGAGUCCAUAGCCGACGGGGAAACUGGGUUCCUGUGCGAUCCCCAACCGGCAUGCUUUGCUGAGGCCAUGGAGAAGUUUGUGAAGGACCCCGGCCAACGACAGGGCAUGGGGGAGGCCGGGAGAGACCGGGUUUUAAAGCGCUUUUCUGUGGAUUCAUUUUCGGAACGGCUGUACCAAUACAUCUGUAAACUCACAGAAUAAAGCACCCAUGGAUAAGGUGUUUUGAAUGUAAUUUUGAAUGAUUACAAGGAGCCUAAUUUUUGUUUCUAGUAUUUUCUGACUUGAGCUGGACUUCAAUUACAUUUUUUUUGUAUAUCCUUAAAGAACCUAAAUUAAAUGUUCUAAAAGCAAUUAUUGUGAACCACCCAAGAUGGACUAUAGACAGAGCCACAGUAUAACUAUGUAGAUCAGGUACUGUAUUUGUUAAAUCUAUGCAUUCCUUGUAAUUGUUACAAUAAAAUAAAUCUCUUUAGCUAUUGGAAAAAAAACAACAUUGUUGCCCCAUUGUAAUAGUGUGUAUUACUUUAGGCUCUCAUACUUCCAUUGUAGCUAACAAAUAAUUCCAUGCACAGUCAUCCACUAAUUAUGUCUCCAGUGUGUAUAUUCUCAAAUGUGUAUUUUCAUUGUAAAUCCUGAUCAUUUGGAACUAUACUGUGUUAAGUCAUUUUAAUUCAUGUGCUCUGUGCUUGAUGUUUUAGUAUUAGUCAAAUAGUGUAAUAAAAAUAGUAGUAAGUGGAUUCAAAUUCUAGCCUAAAACAAGUCUGAAGCAGUCUUGCGAGUUUGUCUGCUUUUGAGCUAGUUGAAGCAGGCGAGUUUCUGUACAUGGCUUUCGUUUCACCUCUUUCUCACACUUUUAACAGUAACACACUGGACAUGCAUGGCUGUAGUGGUGACGUCAGACCCGGAAGAACACGGACUCCAAACAGUGACUGGCGGAUGAAACUGAGCCGCGGUGCUCAGUAUUUUAUUAAAUGAUAAAACAAACAAAAGACUUAAACAAAACACACAACACUGAAAAUAAAGGGUGCACUGGCCAAACAAACAGACAGACAAAACAGACGUGGAUGAACCCAACAAGCAAAGACCGCGCUGGCACUUCCAGCACGUCGUAGCAGUUGUUUAUUUUAGUUUUUAAUUCUCUCCUAA